GUGUCCAUGUUGUGUUGCGCGUGUUUUCUGAAUUUUACUCGUCCAUGCUACAUUGCUACCUAGGUGGGCGUCCGGAUGCUCUUUUCUCCUCAGUCCUCCAAUGUCUCCUCAAACAUUCCCCUUCCUUCUUUUUACCUCCUUCGUCUUCUUCUACUCAGUUUCAGGCAUCGAUUUCACAUUCAACAGCUUCAAUUCGUCCAUCCUCCACCUCUUAGGCGACGCCUUAAUCCAAUCUUCUAUCCUCACUCUCACCAACGACACCACCUACUCUAUAGGCCGAUCUCUGUACCCACACCCAAUACCCACUAGACCCCCAAACUCAUCUCACCUCCUUCCCUUCUCAACGUCCUUCAUUUUCUCCAUCUCUCCCUAUCCUCACCGCGUCCCCGCCCAUGGCUUCGCCUUCAUUUUCGUACCCACUACCGGAAUCCAAGGCGCAGGCUCAGCUCAGUUUCUGGGCCUCCUCAAUUUCACCAAUAAUGACGACCCAGAUAACCAUUUGUUCGCCGUCGAGUUCGACGUGUUCAAGAACCAAGAAUUCAAUGAUCCUAGUGGCAAUCAUGUUGGGGUCAACGUGAAUUCUCUAUCUUCUAAGGCAGCUCAUGAAGCUGGGUUCUGGGUUGGGGAUGAUGAUAGUUCAGAGUUUCGGACAGUGAUGCUCAACAAUGGUGAGAACUAUCAAGUGUGGAUUGAUUAUUUUGAUUCGAAUCUUAACGUUACUAUGGCUCGGGCGGGCUUGAGAAAGCCUAAAAGGCCUUUGGUAAAUGUGUUUCUUGAUCUUUCUGAUGUUUUCUUGGAUCAAAUGUAUGUUGGGUUUUCUGCUGCCACUGGGAAAUGGGUUGAAGCUCAUAUGAUUUUGUCAUGGAGCUUUAGCAAUUCGAAUUUCUCCAUUGGUGACGCUUUGGUUACGAAGAAUUUGCCAUCGUUUGUUGCUUGGAAUGGUUCGGUUUUUCGUUCGAAAGGGUUCAUUGUGGGGGUUAGUGUUGGUAGUGUGUUUGUUAUUGGAUUUGCAGCUGUGGUGUUUGUGGUUUUGCUCAAGAGAAAGAAAAGGAAAGCGGGAGUGAAAUUGGAAGAUUGGGAGUUGGAGUAUUGGCCUCAUCGGAUGGAUUAUCAAGAGAUUUACAAAGCAACUAAUGGGUUUUCAGAAAAAAGUGUAAUUGGGUGUGGCGGGAAUGGAAAAGUCUUUAGAGGGGUUUUGGUGGGAGGAGUUGAAGUGGCCAUAAAGUGUAUUUCACUCGAAAAUGAGCAUGGGAUGAGAGAAUUCUUGGCCGAGGUUUCAAGUUUAGGCAGGUUGAAGCAUAGAAACUUGGUAGGAUUGAGGGGUUGGUGUAAGAGAGAGAAAAGAAGCUUAAUUUUGGUGUAUGAUUAUAUGGAAAAUGGGAGUUUGGAUAAGAGGCUUUUUGGGUGUGAAGAUAGUAUGGUGUUGAGUUGGGAAGAGAGGAUUAAGGUAUUAAAAGACGUGGCUUGUGGGGUAUUGUAUUUGCAUGAGGGAUGGGAAUCAAGGGUCUUGCAUAGAGAUAUUAAGGCAAGCAAUGUGUUACUCGAUAAGGAUAUGAAUGCCAGGUUAGGGGAUUUUGGAUUCGCCCGAAUGCACAAUUGGGGAGAAUUGCCUAGCACGACACAAGUGGUUGGCACUGUGGGGUACACGUCACCGGAAUUUGUUCGAACAGGGCGUGCCUCGGUUCAAACUGAUGUGUACGGUUUUGGGAUCUUGGUUCUAGAGGUAGUGUGUGGACGAGGUCCCAUCCAAGAAGGGAAGCCGGGGUUGAUUGAUUUGGUGUCAGGGCUGAUGGAGAGAGGGGAAUUGAUUAGUGCUCUGGAUGAGCGGCUAAAGGCCAAGGGUGGGUACAGUGAAGAAGAAGUUGAGAGGGUGCUUCAUUUGGGAUUGUUAUGUGUAUAUCCAGAUCCCAGUAGUAGGCCUACAAUGAGGCAAAUAUUGAAGGCGUUGGAGGGAACAAAUGAGGGGACUGAGUCUGAGGGUGAAGCAAUGGAGGCAAGUUUGCUUGAUAGAAUGAAAACAACAACAAUGUGGUCUAAUUAUCGUCAGGACAUUGGCAGAGGAUACCCUACAUAUGAGGAAAUUAAGAAGGCUCACUCUUUUAGCAUGUGUCUCUCCGUAUCAGAUAUCCUUUCAGAGGGUUGAUAGCACUGUGUUAGUUGCGGUUUUCGUGAUUACAUUAGAUGGGGUGGUUUAUAAAUUUUGAUGAGAAUUCACUCUGUUGAAUAGGCCUUUAUGAUAAUGAUAUUGGUAACAACUGUUUGAUUAUCCCCCUGCUUGGGUUGGAAUGCUUGCAAAGAGGCAACUUUGUGCAUUAUGUUCAAUCUGCACUGCAACCCACAUUUUUGAAGGAUUGUAGAAUGGAAGUCAUACGGUUUGCUAGGACUCGAGCUUAGUUGAGGACUAUUAAACCUGAAGAACUGUCAGCAUUGAAAAUCUGCAAGCACAAAUUCUCUAACAGGAGGAGAAACAUUAAUUUUAAUGCCAGUUUGACUUGAGAGCAUUGUUUGUGUUUCCUACAUUAUGUGGGUUCUUCAUCUGGCAUAAGCUUUGGCAUUUCCACUCUGCAUGCAUUUGCAAUUAGCCUCACUGAAUCAGAGGAUAAAAACUGCAACUGCUUUAGUAGUUGUUCAUCUAUUGGGAAUGGUCAAGCUUGUUAUCCUUUGGUUACUAGAAAUCUUGAGGAGUACCAGGUCUUUCAAUAGUCUCCGCAGCAGUAAAAACUGGCCAGGGUUUGGAAAUACUCACAUUGUGCUUGUCAUGAAUUGGUCCAUUAGGCCAAAAAGGGGCUAAUCCAGUGCACAAGGCACCCGCCAUUGUGGGGUCUAGAGAGGGUUAGAUGUAUGCAGCCUUAUCCCCAUAUGCGAAGAGGCUGUUUCCGUAAUUCAAACCCGUGACCUCCAUGUCACAGUUGCACCAUUUGAACGGUUUGUUAAUUCUCAGGUCCUCUCUUCAGAAGAUCCUUGUUUCUUGAGGAGGGCGGAAUAUAUUUGAAAGGUUGUCCCCAUUCUCUCUUUUUGAUGAUGCUUCAUUAUGUAAUCAUGCGUGGCCAAACAAGAGUAUUUACUCUAGUUUUGGAUACACAAUAUAUUCAUUUGCUGUAAAAACAGAUUAUUUUGGUUGUUAUAUUUUAAGACAUAUGAAUGCAAAUACAUUCUCAUGAAUGCAUGUCUAUGCCAGUAAUUGUUAUGUACUUAUGUGAAAAAAUGUCCAUUAAAGAUAUAAGAGAAAAUGUAUUGCUUCUCUCCAACGCUAUGUUAUAUGCCGAACGCUUCAAAUUUCUAAACAAAAGGACGUCACACGGACACUGCUAAUAUUGUGUUCAAUAUAGGCAUUUUCAAUACGAGAUU